AUUAUAAUUUUUAAAAAUGUUAAUUUAAAAAAAUCGAGUGUAAUUAAAAUAUAAUUCGGUGAUUGUUUUUAAAAUAUAAAAUGAAUCUUUAUAAAGGACAUGUGAUAAGACCAUAUUUUUUAUUAAAAAUUAGCUUGAAAAUAUUGCGAUGGACAGGAACAUGGGCACCGAUACAAAAUGGAAUUUUUCACUAUCUCUUUUUAUUACAAACAAUUUCUAUUUUUCUAUUUAAAUUGGGAAUUUUAUUCUUUGUGGAAAUUGUCGAUAUUAUAAUUAAUUGGGGUGAUAUUGCAAAAAUUUCUUCAGCAGCGCCACUUUUUCUUACCAACACUGCUUAUGUAUACAAAUUCUUUAUCGUUAAUCGUAACAGAAAGAAGAUUCAGGAUCUUUUAUCAAUCAUCGAUAGUCCAAUGUUUUCUAACAAUAAUUCCAGAUAUAAAAAUAUAAUAAUGUGGUACAAUUGGCAAAAUGUAUUUCAUAAUGGAAUUUAUCAAAUAUUUGGAAUAAUGACAGUACUUUUUUGGGCCACAAUACCAGUGACUGCAUUAUUAAAUGGUGACAAUUUGCAAUUGCCAUUAGAUGGAUGGUAUCCUUAUGAGACAACAAAAAAAGUUGCUUUUAUCUUCACUUGGGCUCAUCAGGUAAUGGCAGUUGUGACUUGUUGCAUCAAUAAUUUAGCAAUUGACGCUCUUAUCUCGAGUUUUUUAAAUGUGGCAACUUGUCAAUUUGAAAUUUUAAAGCAGAAUAUUGUCAAAGUAGGAAAUUAUAUUCAAGUAAAAAAAUCUUUAUUAUCGUCAAAUGAAAAGGUGAAUGACAAUUUUAUUUAUGACAAUAAUAUUAAUGGGGAAUUGCGUUCUUGUAUCGAACACAAUUUGGCAAUUUUACAAUUCAUUAAGGAUGUUGAAAAAAUAUUCAGCUCGGCAAUCGGUUACCAGUUGUUUAUAAAUUGUUUCGUUACUUGUUUGUCAACAUUUUACAUAACUCAGUUAACAACAUAUAUUCCAGCUGAAAUAAUAGGGACUUCGGCAUACAUAAUGUGCAUGACAUAUCAAAGUUUUAUUUAUUGCACAAAUGGCAAUGAAUUGUUCCUUCAAAAUGAUAAUUUAAGUAUGGCUGUUUAUAUGGGAAAUUGGUGGAAAUUGAAACCUCGUUACAAACGUGAUUUACAUAUUAUUAUGCUUAGAACUCGUCGACCUCUAAUUUUGUCUACUUCAUUUUUAAUGAAAUUGUCAAUUUCGACAUUUGUGUCGAUAAUUCAAAGUUCAUAUUCAAUAUUUAUGGUUCUUUAUAGAAAAAGUGGUAGUAAGUGAAUAUCGAUAUUAUGGGGAUUUAUUUAAAAUAUCAUUAAUAUUGUGA